GAGGCGGCGGAUCCGGUGCUCCGCGGUCGGUGAGGUUACCGGCGCUUUGAUGGUGUGGUCAUGGCAGAAGAAGGUGGUAUUCCCGGUGAAGCGCGCCUGGGUCGCCGUCGCCGGGCGCGUCAGGUCCCGAAAGGACGGGAGUGGAAUUCUGAAGCUUCACAACGAUGUGCAAACUUGCGGAUACGAAGAUGUGCAGGUGAUGUGGGAGAUGCUGAGAUCCGGGCUCGAGCCCUCGCGAAUCUCGAGGCAACGGAGGUGGCCGUUUUGGAGGCCGCAGGGCUAGCCAGGCCACUGUGUGCUGCCUUCGAAUUCGGCUUAGUAGUGCCAGUGAGCAUCAUCUUUUGACGGGGGUUCGAACUUCAGACCUAACCUGAUCGAAGUGUAGGGCCGAAUUGAGUGUCAACUCAUUCGCCCCCUCGUCUCUUUGUAACAACAUAAAUAUUUUAAGAAAUUGUACAGCAAAUUAGUCCUCUUGUCAAAAUGUACAUGAGUUGGGGGUCAAUAGAGUUUCGUUGUAAUUUGCAAGAAGGCCUAUGUUUGUUCACAA